UUUGCCUAAAAACUUUACACUUCAACCGAACCACUUCGAUUGAUCAACAUGUCUGGACGCGGAAAGGGAGGAAAGGGACUCGGUAAAGGAGGCGCCAAGCGUCACCGUAAAGUCCUCCGUGAUAACAUCCAGGGGAUCACCAAGCCCGCUAUCCGCCGUCUGGCUCGUCGUGGCGGAGUGAAGCGUAUCUCCGGUCUCAUCUACGAGGAGACCCGCGGGGUGCUCAAGGUGUUCCUGGAGAACGUCAUCCGUGACGCCGUCACCUACACCGAGCACGCCAAGAGAAAGACUGUGACCGCCAUGGAUGUGGUUUAUGCUCUCAAGAGACAGGGCCGCACUCUCUACGGCUUCGGAGGUUAAACAGGAUCACACACCAACAACCACAACAAACGGCUCUUUUAAGAGCCACCCACUACAACUACCGAGCUAUUUCUACUAUGUUUGUACGAUGAUAUGUGUGGAAAAUAACAUAAUGAUCAAGCUCCUAUGUACUGGAGAGCUCAGCAGCAGCACAGAUGUAGCAUCCUGAACAGAGACAGAAGAUACCUGAGCUGUUUCUGACAGUUCAGCACCUUGGACAGCGACAGCCACACAACUCCCAGGAGACAAGAACAGGACACUCUGCCUGUACUCACCUGGAUACCAGACAUGGAUGGAUGGAUGGAUGAAGUAUAUUGUGUACAAUACAUACACAAGCAGAGGUCUGGGGUCUUAUCGGAAGGCUCUGACUCCAUGUCAGAGCGGUGGUACAGUGGAGCUGCUUUAUGACCACUAAAAAAUGUCCGAUGCCCUCAUGUGAUGAGGAUUAGCCUCUCCAACACCUUCUCCUGGACUGUUACAGGACCAGAGACAUCAGGAACUAAAUGUCUACAAUUGGUUUUAAUGUUUGUAACAGUGAGAGAUCAGUCAUGUAUGGACUCUCUAACCUUCCUCUUGUGUUAGAAAAAAUAUUUUAUUGCAUC